ACAAGCACCACAACUGAGGCCACCACUACCUCAACAACGGAAACGACUACAACUACAACAACCACAACUGAGGCCACCACUACCUCAACAACGGAAACGACUACAACU